CGCGGGGAGGAGCCAAGGAGGGAGGGGGCGGUGGCGCACACCGGCCCCCGGGUGCGCGCGCGGGGGAGCCGGAGGAGGAGGCGGUGGCCGGGUGGCCGGCCCGCUCCCGCUCCCUCUCCCCCCUCUCCUGUCUCCCCCGGCAGCGCCCUGCCGCCUGGCCCGGCGCCCGCCCCGCCCCCCCGCUGCUGGCCGGUGUCCCGCUGGCCGCCCCGCAGCCCGGUGUAUGUGCGGCAACAAUAUGUCCGCGCCGUUGCCCGCCAUCGUCCCGGCCGCUCGGAAGGCGACGGCUGCCGUCAUUUUUCUUCAUGGAUUGGGAGAUACAGGGCAUGGAUGGUCAGAAGCACUUGCAGGUAUCAGAAGCCCCCAUGUAAAAUAUAUCUGCCCACAUGCGCCAGUUAUGCCAGUUUCUUUAAAUAUGAACAUGGCUAUGCCAUCAUGGUUUGAUAUCAUUGGACUUUCUCCAGAUUCACAAGAAGAUGAAGCUGGGAUCAAGCAGGCAGCAGAGAAUGUUAAAGCACUGAUAGAUCAAGAAGUAAAAAAUGGAAUUCCUUCUAAUAGAAUUAUUCUGGGAGGCUUUUCUCAGGGAGGUGCUUUAUCAUUGUAUACAGCACUUACAACGCAACAAAAAUUAGCAGGUGUUGUAGCGCUCAGCUGUUGGCUUCCUCUACGGGCUUCUUUUCCUCAGGGCACUAUCAGUGGUGUCAACAAGGAGAUUUCUGUUCUUCAGUGUCAUGGGGACUGUGACCCAUUGGUUCCUUUAAUGUUUGGUUCUCUUACUGUUGAGAAGCUAAAGAGUAUGAUAAAUCCAGCCAAUGUAACCUUCAGGACUUACUCAGGCAUGAUGCAUAGCUCAUGUAUUGAGGCUGGAGCACUUGAUUUAUUAAAAGAGCUUAAGAAUAUUCCCAUGACCCUUGAGUUGUUACAGUCUACCAGAAUUGGAAUGUCAGUGAAUGCAAUACGGAAGCAAAGCACAGAUGAAGAAGUUACAUCUUUAGCAAAGUCUCUUAUCAAGUCUUGGAAGAAGCUGUUAGAUGGACCUUCAACUGAUAAAGAUUCUGAAGAAAAGAAAAAGGAGCCUGCCUCUUCCUCACAAAGCAGUCCUGAAGCAAGAGAAGAAAGCAGUUCAAGUAGUAAUUCCAGCAGCAGGAAGGAAGAGGGUAAUGCUCCCUCAAAUUCUUUCAUCCCUUCUUUUCCCCGUGCUCCAAGCACUUCGGAUUCUGUACGAGUGAAAUGUAGAGAAAUGCUCUCCGCAGCUCUCAGAACAGGAGAUGAUUAUAUUGCUAUUGGUGCUGAUGAGGAAGAGCUGGGUUCUCAGAUUGAAGAAGCUAUUUUUCAAGAAUUAAAAAACACUGAUAUGAAAUACAAAAAUAGGGUACGAAGUAGGAUAGCUAAUCUCAAGGACACAAAGAAUCCUAACUUAAGGAAAAAUGUACUAUGUGGGAACAUACCUCCUGACAAGUUUGCGAAAAUGACAGCGGAGGAAAUGGCAAGUGAUGAGCUGAAAGAAAUGCGCAAAAAUCUGACCAAAGAAGCUAUCAGAGAGCACCAGAUGGCUAAAACAGGAGGUACCCAAACUGAUCUGUUUACAUGUGGCAAAUGUAAAAAGAAGAACUGUACAUAUACUCAGGUUCAAACCCGCAGUGCUGAUGAACCUAUGACAACAUUUGUUGUGUGUAAUGAAUGUGGAAACAGAUGGAAGUUCUGUUAGAAGAAGAAAUUAUCAAGACAUCUGGACCAGUAUGAAAGAGAAUUGUGUAAUUAGCUUUAAAAACUAGGCUAAGCAUCUAGCUUCCUGCAAAUGAGAGGGUAUUUUUUCCUUUCUUUCUUUCUUUCUUUUUUUUUUCUUUCCUGUUUAAGCAGAAUACAUCCCUGAAGUUAGCCUUUGUUUUGACACAACCAUCAUUUCAUUAAAUGCCUUCCUAUAGCUAAUAGUUGGUAGGGCCAGGUUGCUCAAUUGUAUGGUGAAUGUUAAAAUAUUUUUUCAUUUUUAUAAGUAAGUUGACAUUAAACUUUUACCAAUUAAA